AUGGAAAUUGAAUUUUUCCUGAACUCAAUCAACCCACUCAUUACAAUCUCUCUCCUGGCCCUCCUCCUCCUCCUCCUCAGCCUCCUCCGCCGCAAGCCCACCGGAAAAACCCCGCCGGGCCCCACGGGCAUCCCCGUCCUCGGCAACCUCCUCCAGCUUGGCGACCUCCCCCACGAGUCCAUGCACAAUUGGCGCGGCCCCCACGGCCCCGUCCUCUGGCUCCGCCUCGGCUCCGUCGGCACGCUGGUCGUCCAGAGCCCCACGGCCGCCGCCGAGCUCUUCAAGAAGCACGACCUCCCCUUCUCCGACCGCCGGGCCCCACACGCCGUCACCGCCCUCGACUUCGGCCGCGGGACCCUCAGCAUGAGCCGGUUCGGGCCUCGCUGGAGGGCCCUGCGUCGCCUCUUCUCGUCGGAGUUCCUCGUUGGCAGCCGCGUGGCCGCCGGCGCCGGCCUCCGCCGCCGCCUUCGAGAUGACACGGUCCGGUGGAUCCUCGAGGAGUCGGCCGCGGGCCGGGCCAGAGAGGAAACAGGCUACAUCCAGCUCGGCCUGCCCCUGUUUGCAAUGGCGUUCAACCUCGUGGGGAACGUUGUGCUGUCGAGGGACCUGAUUUCGGACGCUAACGACUGGGAGUCGAGGCAGUUCUUCGACUGCAUGAGGCGGGCAAUCGAGCUGGCUGGGACACCAAACUUGGCCGACUACUUGCCGUGGCUUGAGUGGGCGGAUCCAUCCGGGAUGAGGAAGGAAAUGGAGAAGAAUUUGGGCGUCACGAUGAGGAUCACGGCGAGGUUCGUUCGGGAGAGGCUCGACGAGCGCGAGGCCAGGAAAUUCCGAGAGGGGGAUAAGGAUUUUCUCGACGUGCUUCUCGAGUGCGACGGGAUGACUGAGAAGGAUAUCAACAUUAUCAUCACGGAAAUGUUCUUUGCGGCUUCCGACACUACAAGCAUCAGCAUCGAGUGGGGAUUCGCGGAGCUUUUGCGCAGCCCACGAACGUUCGUGAAGGUCCGCGAGGAGCUCGACCGGGUUGUGGGCGUGGACCGCCGGGUGGAUGAGAAGGAUAUCGAGAACAUGCCCUAUUUGCAGGCGGUAGUCAAGGAAGCCCUCCGUCUCCACCCUGUGCUGCCCCUUCUCCCGAGGAACACUCACAUGGACACUAACUAUAUGGGCUACCACAUCCCAAAGGACACCCAGGUGUUCGUCAAUGUGUGGUCCAUCGGGCGAGACCCCGAGGUAUGGCCCGACCCGCUUGAGUUCAGGCCUGAGAGGUUCCUUGGAUCCGACAUCGAGUACAAGGGCCAGCACUUCGAGCUGAUCCCGUUUGGGUCGGGCCGGAGGAUCUGCGUGGGGUUGUUGCUGGCCCACCGGAUGGUCCACCUGGCGAUCGCGAGUCUGGUUCAGUUGUUCGACUGGGAUCUCGGGCCUGGCGUCAGGCCCGAGGAUAUUGACAGGGAGGAGAAGCUGGGAUUGACACUCAGAAAAAAGAAUCCACUGUUUGUGAUUCCGACUAAACGCAUAAAUUGUUGA